UAGUACUCUUUGGAUGAAAGAACCGCGAACCAAAACCAAACCGCCUUGUUAUGUUUCAUUUAAUUAAUAAGACUUAUCAAAAAAAUAAUGAAUAAUAAGAUAGCCUGAGAUAGAAACUAUUAAAAAACAUGAUAAUAAGGCCUCAUUGAGUGUAGAGUGUACAUGUAAGCGAAAUUGUGUGUGCAAAAUAUGUACAUAGGCUCACAAAACAAUAAUAAACUAAACAAGUUUAUCAAGUAGGAUUAUUCUAUCAUGGAAUUAGAAACAUCAGUUCAAGAUGCCGCUAGUGGCAUUAAAUCUGUACGACACACAGAUCGCAAGAAAAGUGCUGAGAAUUUAAAGGAAUUUCUAUCUAGAAAUGCGGUACCUUCCCUGUUAUCUGAAAACACUUUAAAAAAGAGAGGAUACUCAUGGAACAAUUUAUUUGACGAUAUUAAUGAAUAUGUAUUUAUAGAACUGGAAAAAUAUGAGACUUCUAAAACCUAUGAAAAUAUCACCAAGCCACUUUGUUCCAGUUUAUUGUACCAAUGUGUUACAGGCUCUAAUAAAGGUAAAGCAUAUAUAAAAUGUGAAAAAAUAACUUCAGCAUGCAUAGAAAUACUGAGAGAACAUCGUUCUGUGGUGGCUAUUGGUGAUACUUAUUUGAAUCUGCUGUUGAAACAUGUUUUGCCAUAUGAACACUAUGUAUGCAACAUAAAACCUAGCACUUGGUCAGACUUACUGGAUGUGUGUGUUGAAGCAUGUUCUUCAAGUGAUUACAAGUUGGAUACCUUCACUAAACUGCGGCUAUUACUACUUGUAAUGAAAGGUGUAAAAGAUAACUCUCAGCUUACAAGACCAUUAAUGAAAACAAUAUCUUCUUUAGAAGGAAUUUUUUCAAACAUUUUAAAUGAUAAGAAAGUACAAGAAGUAAUUAUAGAUAUUUUAAUAUUGCUUCUUGAGACGCUAUCUUCUGAGUACAGAUUAACAAUGUGCCAUUUUAUUGAAAGUCUUAUGCCAUUAUUACUUAAAAGCUAUGACCAAAAUAAGGAUCAAAAGAAAAAGAAUUCGUUUUUCAACUUAUUAAAUCUUACUGUGGUGCUUCAUCACCCAAUGGGCAGAACCAAAAAAGAAGAAGGCAGCUUGGCAAACAAUUGGGAGCUAUGGAACAAAUACUUGAACAGUAUGACAGAAAUAAUAUGCACUGAAGUUAUCCACUCGCAAAAGAAUCGUAAGCCAAAUGACAGACUUGGGCCAUGUCCACAUUUCUACAAUUUAGCUGCUUCGGUACAUUAUCAGGUAUUCCAAACAUGUGAAGAAAGUACAAGUAGCACAGAGAGCUUAGCAAAGCGACUGAAAUUAAGCUUAAACAAGAACAAAACAUUUGGUGACCUUGUCAAUGAAUUACAACUAAAUCCUGUACCAUGGUUGGAAAUUAUACACAUGUAUGUGAAAAUGUAUGCUGCCAGUGUAUCUCCCGAAGAUAACUUAUCGUUGCUGAAUUGUCUUCAAACACUGCUAUCAAAUAACGCAAACAACAUAGAAUGGGAAGCUUUCGAACAGUUAAUUUGCUUGAUACUGAAAAACUACGGAGUUUCAAGCACAAAUAUUGACUUCAAAAACACAUCAGUUUCAUUAUGGAAUUCAUGUGUUCGAAAUUGCACAUCUUUAAAUGCGUCACAUAAAGCAUUACACACAAUCAUGCAGAGCUUAUUAAAUACAGAUAUACUGGAGCAUGCGCAGGCGCAGCAGCUCAUAAUACUGUAUCUGCAAAAUGAUAUGCCUGUUACAAACAGUAGCGUUAAAACCUUGAAUAACGUCUUCUACAAGUUCUACAGCAAAUGUAGCCUAGACGACUUUAGGAUAAAAUGCUUUCUAUGGCUCACAUCCAGCGAAUCAUUCAUAAACGGCGCUGAAGUUCCAGAAUUAAUAUUCAGAAUAGUUGCCGAUGAAAACAUACAUUUUAAUUGCAACUGUCCCGUUCAGUCGGAGUUCGAUAUGUUGCAGGAAAUUGUAUAUGACUCACCGGAAAAGUGCAUUUUGUUCAGUGAGUUUGAAAUACAAAAUAAAAUAAAGCUCCCAGAGCCAGUCGCAAUGUAUGAACACGUUGGCUCUAUAUCCGAUGUUGAAAAUCAAGUGCAUGAGUACAUAACAACAAAAUUGGUUAGUACUAAUUCAAAACAAUUGAAGAAUGAUGCAGAUCUACUAGCAUGUACAAACCUGAUUUCAAUUGUUUUAUCGUACCUGGAUAAAGUUUUAAAAUAUAAAUUGAAAUCUCAAGAAGAAGUUGAAAACAUGAGGAUCUAUAAUUUAUUAGUAGUGACAUUGACACACAUGUAUGGGACACUAAACCGUGUGUUAGAAAGCAAUUCUCAAAUCCCAAAAAAGAUUAAAGUCGUACAAGAAGUCAAACAACUUCUAGCUACUGAAUUUCAUCCCUUAUUGGGGUCCAUGUUACGGGCUAAUAUGAAUGAAGAUGUGUUCCACGCUAUUAAUAAUAUAUUAAAUAUUGAAGACCAACCAAAUGAUUACGAUAUCAUCAUUGAUGAUGACGGUGACGACAACAACAUUGACACUUUAAAGCACAAUUGUUUAUUGCUACUGGCUGCGUACUGCCGAAAGCAAGCAGAGUAUCGGGACGAAGUAUUGAAAUUGAUACUAGACGAAAAUAUGUACACUUUUACAAAUGAUACUCAGUGCGUUUUACAGUGUAUAGAGCUGCUGAUAGAUUCAAACGUGGAAAAUCCUCCUCUAGGUUUAAUUUUCCCAUUAAUGCAGUGCAUGUGCCGAAAGCUGUAUAGUAAUUCUAAAGUAUCUUAUGAGUUGCUUAAAAUCUUACGUAAAAUCAUGGAUCCUCUUUGCGAAAAUGAUUCUGAUAUGAAGCAAAAUUGUUUGAUCAUGAUUAAAAGCUAUUUGAUGCUGUGUAAAGACAUGCAUUACCCGCCGAAGGUAGCCGGUAUGAUAUACGAAUGUGCUGCUAAGAUAAUUUUAAUUAAUCGUAAGCAAAAUUCUAAUAUUGAAGAAGCCUUUGAAAGUGCAUUUAUGAAGAAAAUAAAAGGCUCAGUUCACAGCAUUCGUAUACAUUGUAGCUAUUUGAUGAAAUUGGUUAACAACUUCUCUGAAGAUGACAUAAGUAUAUUUUUGACUAAUUUGUUGAAAAUAUUUUUUACCAGUGUGGCAGCUACAGAAGCAGAGACAAUAAUAAAAGAUGAAUCCGCCAACCGGACUUCGACAGUCCUGCACGCUUUCGUUGCGCUGGCCCAAUCUAACAAACCCGUUGUAUUGAGCGUCAUACUUCAAGUUAUCCAAUUGCAGAAAAUGAAAUCGCUAGACAACGGCAUUGUCAAAAAAGCUCUGAAAGAGAUAGUCAAUUCGGUUGGAAUAAAAGAUAUACAAACGUACUUGAAUAACCAUAUUGUACCAAUAGUGUAUUUUUGGUUCUCACAAAAUAAUCCUCUAGAGGAUUUCCCGAUACAUUUACUUGGUUUUAAUACUAUGGAUAGUUUUAAAGAGAAACAUAUGAAGUGGCUCAUUGCUGGCGAAAUAUUAUGGAAACAAGAGGGAGAUGUAAGCAAGAGUGAUCUCUUGAAGCAAAUAGCGAAGAAACAGAAGAAAACCGUUAAAAAAAUGCUUGAGGCCUGUUUCUCCAACAUCAUGGCUCUAUGCUUGCCUUACAUCGUCAGCGCCAAGUACAAGAUCGAGUACCACGACCGUCACAAACAAGACGAGUUCAACAAAUCCAUGAGCAAUGCUACCACGAUGUUUCAAAUAACCAGUGACAUGUUAGAGAAUGAAAGAUGGAGUUGCCUCUUUGUGGAGAAUGUGGGUGAACUUCUGUUACUGGCUGCUACUCAUAUGAGUGACAGCGAAGAUGCCGAAAAGCUGUUCCAUAUUCAAUUGCCGAAAAGAAAUCAACAGUACUAUUAUCCGAAGAAGAUUUUAUGCGCUAUUCUGGAAUACUUUGAACAUCUCACAGAUGGAAAUGUUCUUCAAUAUCUAUGUCAAAAUCAAACAGUGACAGUAUUUCAGAUUUUAUUCCAACUAUGGAAAGCUGUAACGCAGGAGAAUAUAUUUGAGCUGAAGAUACUAGCUCUUCACGCAUACGUUACUUUCAUAAAAUAUAUACCUUUAGGGUACCCUUCUGACGCUUUCAUGUGUAACUUUGUAUGUAACGGUUUCACUCAAGUUAUCAAGAGCUGUGAUAGCAAAAAUCUAAUGAAAGCUUACAUUAAUGGCUUAAAACUCGUCCUAGAACAUUUGUUGCCAAUAACGGCAACGCUUAUGCGAAAAUCAUUAUUGGAAUUACUGCCUAUCCUCAUUAUAAAGAAAGAAUCGGGCUAUGAAGAAGAGUGUUCGGUGUUCUUAGAACAUUUAGUUGAGAAUAUGAAAGAUUUCUUAAAGGAAAGCGAGGAUGUUGUUGAUUUCCUUGGUUCCAUGACGCAAAGCGGUGAUGGCAUGCAUUGUGCCAAUUUGACGGUGUUUAAAGAGAAAUUAAAGUCUCAUAGAAUAAGCUUACAUCGCCCCAGCUACGACACGUUACUGCAUUUCCACCAAUUUUUAAAUUGCAAUAAAGGACAUAUACGCGAUUUGUAUUGUGAUUUGGAUUCCAAAACUCUGUCUGAAGAUUGUGAGACGAGUAUCAUACAUCAGAUCGUGCAGUCGCUUUGUAACAUUCUGAAAUCAAAUUACGAUGAUAAGACUAUCGUCGAAGCUUGCAACUGUUUGUCAGAGAUCACAUCUUACGAUCUAAAAACACUAGUAACAGUGCCGCCAGCCGACACACAACUAGUAAGAACUGUUAACCCAACGCGUUACUUCAUGCAAGUCGUUGGAAAGGCUCUGCUAGAAGUGUUCUUUGCCGAUGAUGCUAAUAUCACGGACGAAAUUGCGGAAACUAUGAAUGAUCUACUGAAAUUCCUUGGUGUUGAUGAUAUACCUGAUUUGGAGAGAGUGGACAAAGAUAUACUAAAACCAUUUUCCAGUACAAAUCUAAGGACGAUUGAUACUACCACUGAUAGCAUGAAGUUCGAAGAGUAUUGCCAAAUGUGCCCUGAUGGAGUGUUCUUAAAUGUUCUGCUGACUAAAGGCGAUACUGGAUGGUUGAAGGACGUCACAUGUACUCUUCUGAGUUUUACUCAUUCUUCUACUGAAUACUUGACUAAUUUGGCAAAAGUUUGCGCUUUGAAGCCUCGAGUCUGCUGUAAAAUACUACCCGCCCUUGUUGGCUUAAUACUACAAAGUUUCACCGAAAGACACGUCAGAGCUCUCGGAGAACACAUAAGAAGGUUCUUCUCCAAUGUUUGGGACCAAACUUUCGACGACAAACUGGAGAAUAGUUCCGACAAUUCCUUCCAAUCUAGAACUGAUGGGGUUGUGACGCAAGGGUACAAGACUGUCGUCCAGUAUAUGCUGGAUAUUGUAGAUUUUGUUCGCAUACAGAGGAACUAUUAUGGAAUGAAGAAAGGAGGAGCUUCAAAGACGUUGAAUUAUCUAGAACUGAAUUAUAAUAAAAUAGCAUGGGCGGCGGCUCUGGUUGGUCAGAACUGGUCAGCUGUCUACUACGGCGAGCUGUGGGCUCUGUUCCAGAAUGGUGGAGUGACGCCGAAUUCACCCGAGGCUACCUCUAGUUUGGCCGGUGGAGAAAACUUACAAAGAAUUUUUAGGACUUGCUACGUGUCAAUCGGUGAAAUCGACGCUAUCGAAGGUUGUGGCACGGAGCACCUAACAAUGGAGAAUGAGAAGCGAAAGCACCUGAUCAACUCGGGGCAGUUCACGGACGCACUGCUAUUACACGACAUAGCAUUGUCUUGCGGCGCCGCGCCGGCCGCCGACCUGCACGCGGGCGUGGUGCGCUCGCUACACAAGUCCGGCAUGCACCAUCUAGCACUGAGCUAUAUCAAGUCCAUGCCUGAGACUGAUCACCUCUAUGAUGUUAAAUACGAGUGCUUGGCGUUCUUAGGUGAUUGGAGUAAUUUCGUAGACACACGAGAACUAGAAGAAAAACAAAAACAAACAAACUGUAACCAAAAUUCAGUAGUCAAGGCAUUCCAGUACGCGUGCCUAAAAAGUUGUUUGAACAUUCAAAAUACUCCUGAGUUUGAGAGUAAACUUCUGGAGCCUGUGAAUAAGGCUAAGUUAGCUGCGUCUAGACUGUGUCUGAAUUUGAAUAUGGAGAACUGUCAGAAUAUAUAUAAAGUGUUGGAGAAGCUUCAUAUAUUUAAUGAUAUAGAGGAGUAUAUCUUAGUGAGAACGAAUCGCUUGCGAGUGUGGGAGUUGCUUCAGAAAUGGGAUGUCGACAAGUUGCCGCAGUACAAUGAUUUCAAGCACAUCGAGGCGUUGUCUUCGCAGCGAGUGCUCAUACUAGAACAUGCUGCCAAACAACAUGGCAACAUGUUGAAUGAAAUUGUAUCUUUGCAAAUUAAAUAUGCCAAAUUAGCGCUAAAUAAUCGCCGCGUUCACAUGGCACAGCGGUUGUUAGCCGUCGCGAAGAAAUCGCAGCAGUCUAAAGACAUUACUCUCGUGGAGAGCGAGAUCGCCUGGGCUAAGGGACACAAGGAAAUAGCUUUAUCCCUCCUCCGUAACAUUGUCACCGAUCAGACGCUCAAUACUAAACUUGCGGCUAUUUCUUUACGGCGGUAUGCUCUCUGGAUGGCAGACUCGAAACGAGACAAUCCACGUGAAAUUAUACAAAAAUAUUUAAAAAAGAGUCUUGAUACAUUGAGAGGUGACAAUAUUGAUAUUAGGCUUAAAAUCUACUACGAUAUUGCAAAAUUUGCUGAUGCAGAGUACAAGCAGGUAUUGACUUACAUGAAAUCGUCAAUAUACGAAAACAGAGUGAAAUGCUUAGAAAACAUGAAAGGCACUGCAUUAUCGUUGAACAACAAAUCCAAAACACUGACAAUAGAAGAGAGAAGGGCUCUAUCGACAAACAGGAAAUUCAAAGAGCUGGAUGAAGCUGAAAUAGCGAACACACAAGUAGAAAAAGAAAAUUUCUUACAAUUAGCUAUGAGAUAUUACUUACUGUCAUUGAAGCAGUGUGAUGAGAACAACUUAUCAGUGUUCAGGGUGAUAUCACUGUGGCUUGCCAACCAAGACUUUGAGUUUCAAGAUGGCGGCGAGUCGUUCGAUGAUCUUCUGAACAUGAUACCGUCUUGGAAGUUCGUGACGGUCUUGCCGCAGCUGGCACCACGGUUAACUGAUGAAGAUACCCCCUUCAUCAAUUGUUUGAAGAAAAUAAUAAAAAGAUGCGUAAUCGACCAUCCCCACCACACGUUGCCCAUCCUCUUCGGCCUCAAGAACUCUGACAAGGACAUCGUGAUCAGCAACGCGAGCGGCCGCAUCAGUAGCGGCGCCCGCGCACGCGACUCGCAGCCGCGCGUCACCGCCGCGAGGACACUCGUCACUGAACUGAGGACACAUAGCGAUGAACUUACCGCCAUUAUUACGCAGAUGGAGAAGAUGUGUGAUGCCAUCAUAAGUUUCGCGAACUACAAGCCUUCAGAAAGUAGACAACUGAAGAAAGUCAAGAUACCCGACGCAGAGAAUAUACAUAAGCUUCGCAAUCUGAGAGCGAUCCCAGUGCCCACAGUCACGUUGCCGAUCAGGAAAGACUGCAAAUAUAAUUACAUACAUACAUUACAGUCUUUUGACUCUCACUAUGAACUUGUGGGCGGAGUCAACUGUCCAAAGAAGAUAAAUUGUUUAAAUUCGUCUGGUAAAAACAACGUGCUUUUAAUAAAGGGUGGAGAUGACUUAAAACAGGAUGCCGUGAUGCAGCAAGUCUUUAGUAUCGUCAACACUUUGCUGGAGAACAAUCCAGUGACUAAUAAAAACAAACUGCUUAUCCGAACGUACAAGGUGGUGCCAAUGUCACGCCUAUCAGGAGUACUGGAAUGGUGCGAGGGCACUAUCCCAAUGGGCUUAUAUCUCGUCGGCAAGGACAAUAGCGGCGCCCAUGCACGAUACCGACCUCAGGACAUUUCUUGUGACGCGGCGCGAAGGAAAGUGAUAGACAGUUGCAGAGACAGCCACGAGGCAAAAUUGAAUGUCUUGAAUAGAAUCAUGAAUGAAUUCAAGCCAGUGUUCCAGUAUUUCUUCACGGAACAUUACCUGGACCCAGUUACGUGGUAUCAGAGUAGACUGGCGUACACGAAGAGUGUUGCUACCUCAUCCAUGGUCGGCUACAUACUGGGACUUGGCGAUAGACACGUUUACAACAUUCUGAUAGACAAAAGAACAGCUGAAGUCAUCCACAUAGAUUUAGGUAUCGCAUUCGACCAAGGCAAAACGUUGCCGACCCCAGAAACAGUGCCAUUCCGUUUGACACGGGACAUCAUAGCUGGCUUUGGUUCAAGUGGCACUGAAGGAAUAUUUAGAGGGUGCUGUGAAAAAACAAUGCAACUUCUACGUGACAAUCAAGAAACGUUACUGACAAUAUUAGAAGUUUUACUCUGUGAUCCUUUGUAUUCGUGGUCGGUGAAGACCGCGCAACAAAACGCUUCUACCUCAAACAGGAACACCAGUGCUGUUGGUGAUGCUGGAACGCCAAGCGGUCUGGCAGAGCGAGCGCUCCUAGUAGUAACCAGUAAGCUCAGUGGCACGGAGGACGGCGUGGCGGGCGGCGUCGCCGUGCCCGGACAGGUCGCUCGACUCCUGCGCAUCGCCACCGACCCCUUUAAUCUCUGUCGACUCUUCCACGGCUGGCAAGCCUAUUUGUAAUCCAUGUGCCUUUUUAUUUUAUGAUUAUUGAUAAGUAUAAGUGUAUUAUUAAUGGAUCUGUUUUAUUUUUUUUAAUGAACCAAAUAAAUGAUUA